CUGAGUUUCUGUUUUCACACUAAGAGAGCUGAAAUUAAGCUGUUGCUCAAUGUGUAGCCGUCUUGGAACUAAAGCUUGUGGAAACGUUUGCCUUCUGUGGAUGUUACAAGCACAGCUAAAAAUGAUCUGACCAUGAACAGAGUAACACAGACCCAAGCUUUUAAUAAGUCACACGAGAUUUCUUCAGAAAUUCAACAAACUACAGUCUCAAAACUACUAACGGCGCCAUGUAUAGAAAUCCACCAGUAAAGAAUACACAAAUUUAUGCACUGAAAGGCAUCAUGCCUUUUGGGUGGUGGUAGAAGUUGGACAUCAUUUAGCAGAAACUUUGCUGAGGCACGGACUGUCACUAUUAUUCCUGGUGAUGGCAUUGGACCAGAAAUUUCUGCUGCUGUUAUGAAAAUAUUCGAAGCUGCUAAGGCACCGAUUCACUGGGAGGAGAGAAAUGUUACAGCUGUUAAAGGCCCCGGUGGGAAGUGGAUGAUUCCUCUGGAAGCCAAAGAAUCAAUGGAUAAAAGCAAGAUUGGGCUGAAAGGCCCUUUGAAGACUCCUAUUGCUGCUGGUCAUCCUUCUAUGAACCUGUUACUUCGUAAGACUUUUGAUCUUUAUGCAAAUGUUCGACCCUGUGUAUCCAUCGAAGGGUACAAGACACCUUAUACUGAUGUUGAUCUUGUCACAAUCCGUGAGAACACAGAAGGAGAGUACAGUGGGAUUGAACAUGUGAUUGUUGAUGGAGUUGUGCAGAGCAUCAAGCUGAUCACUGAAGAUGCAAGCAGGAGGAUUGCUGAAUUUGCUUUUGAGUAUGCUAGGAUUAAUCAGAGAAGCACAGUUACAGCUGUUCACAAAGCCAACAUCAUGCGGAUGUCUGAUGGGCUUUUCUUGAAAAAAUGCAGAGAGGUUGCAGAAAACUAUAAAGAUAUUAAGUUUAUGGAAAUGUACCUGGACACAGUAUGUUUGAAUAUGGUACAGGAUCCAACACAGUUUGAUGUCCUUGUAAUGCCAAAUCUCUAUGGAGACAUUUUAAGUGACUUGUGUGCAGGAUUGAUCGGAGGACUAGGUGUGACACCUAGUGGGAAUAUCGGAGCUAAUGGAGUUGCUAUCUUUGAAUCGGUUCAUGGAACAGCUCCAGAUAUUGCUGGCAAAGAUUUGGCAAACCCCACAGCCCUUCUCUUAAGUGCUGUAAUGAUGCUUCGUCACAUGGGAUUGCACGAUCAUGCUCGAAAAAUAGAGAUGUCUUGUUAUGAUACAGUUAAGGAUGGAAAGGUCUUGACCAAAGAUUUGGGAGGCAGUUCAAAAUGUUCAGAGUUCACUGCAGAAAUCUGUCAGCGAGUAAAAGAUGCAGAGUAGAAUUACCUCAUGAACUAAUGUCAAUGUGUCUGCUGCGCGAUAGUGAAAGCAACAACAAUGCUGCCCGGUUUUCAGCCCUGAGCUGUUUCUGAUAUAUGUUGGAGCACUUCUAUGACACGCUGAAUCUUUCAUUUUCUGAACAUUACUAAGGCUGACACUUUGAGAAAUGUGUGCCUUUGAGCAACUUCUCCCUCUGCGUAAAUGGUAGACUAAUAAGGAGGAUUACUACUCUGACAAGAGAUGAUGGUGGCAUUUCAUUUUUUUUUUCACACAGCAAGUACAAAGUGGUUGUACCAUGCUUGUGAAGAGCUAAUGGCACAGUCAUUUCCCACUUCUUCAAUUAACUUCAUCAUGAGACUUGGACUUUUUAUGGCAUCUUUUUGUCGGGGAUACAGUUUAUGCUCUUGAAUGAUCUUCUGUCCCUAUAAUAUGUUGCAUUUAAUUGCAUUGAAGUUUGAUAUGUGCUAAAACCUGCUGAUUCUUGCAUUUAAAUUUCUUUAGGUAUCUUUAGUGAACUACUUGUAAGUUAUUGGCAACUCAUUGCCGUGAAAAAGUGUUGCUUCUAGUGAUAAAGGCUCUAUAUUAUUUUUGGCAGUACUGUGGUAUUUCUGCUAGCUUUGCUGCAGUUUGUCUGCUAAUGCUAGAUGUUGCUAAACUUUUUCUGCAAGAAGCAAAUGAUAGUUAUAGUUGCUCAGAAUUCAAGCUCUACUUUGACAAGAGGAGAAUCAUAGUAAAAUGGGCUCAACAAUCGCACAAAAAAGGUUGUGAGGAUUGUUUACACCCAGUAUAAGCUUUUUCAUUUCUUGUCUUCUGUUCAUGAGACAAUGGGGUACUGGGUGUGAUAAUUCAGAAGUUGAUACGGUUCAUUUCCCACUUCCCAAGGUUUCUAACAGCAGUACAGUGCUUACCUAGUACCCCAUCCUGCUAUGUAGUGCCAGGUUGUUUGGGAAAUGAGAUGGGAGCAAUGUUGCAUUCUUUGUCAUCUGCUGACCUGGUGGUAUUCAUCACGGAGGCAUAAUUUGCCCAUUUCCUUGGCACUAGAUUAGCUGAUGGUGCAGGGACUGAAACUGGGCAGAAGGUGCUGUUUUCUGUAGUUGAUGGCAACUGACAUUGAGGGAAAUAUCCAGAAGGAUCUUCAAACCCUUUAAAUGUGUUGAUGUAGAGGGCUUUAGAGUAUAUAUCCCUUCUGUUUUACCAUCCACUCAGCAGAGAGAUUUUUCCAGAUUAAGUUGGAGACUUCUUGGUUAUUACUGUUCUACAUUUCUCUGGUGCCCUGUUAGAAGUUUGAGAUUUAAUAGUGCUUGACCUGAAACAGGAAAACUUAAGUGUGAUUAAGCACAAUUAAUAAACUUUGUAAACUGA